AGCGGCGUCGAGGCAGCGCGUGCCGAACGCGUAUUGUUUUCCAAAAUAUCUCAUUAUUAUUCGAAUGGCUCCUAUAGAUGUCUCUAUAUAGACGAGAUUAAACGAUCGAAGAUAUCUUAUCAGUCCGCCGUUAUCGUCCAAACCCACUGUGUAUAAGAUAGUCGCCGGCUGCUUGGAACCAUAUCAGUUUCCACUCGUACUUGGACUUGAACGGAGCGAGUCAUGACACAAAACCGGAGCACUUGGAUUGGUUGCAGCUUGGGCGGCCUCUUGGUCGCCCUAUUGGCCCUGCAAUCGAUGCCACAGGGAACUGAAGGAGCCAACAUCCUGGGCGUCUUCACCAGCCACAGUCCGUCGCAUUUCAUCGUGCACAUGUCCAUCAUGAAGACGCUGGCGGAGAAGGGUCACAACGUGACCGUCGUCUCCUCGGUUCCUCCCAAAGUCACCCACAAGAGCAUUAACCACAUUGUGGUGCCAAUGAGUGCCGAAGAUGAGAAAGUGCUCAACGAUGGUAUGGCUGGAAUGGUCAAGGAGAAGCCUUCGAUUUGGAACACCAUGAAAUCGAUCUUCAGCUCGUUAGCCCUGCUCAUUGAUAAGCAGGUGGACGUUUUGGAGGAUCCGCGCUUCCAGGAGCUCUAUCUUAACAAGGGCAACAAGUUCGAUGUGGUCUUCGUGGGAUUCUUCUUUAACACGUACCAGGUGGCUUUGGGUGCCAGGUUUAAUUGCCCCGUUAUAAUUUCCUGGUCGGGCCCACCCAUGAUGAUGGUCAACGAGGUGCUGGGUAAUCCCGAGCUGUCCAGUGUUCCCCAAAUGCAUAUCUCCGCACCUCCCGGCCAGCCCAUGAAUUUCCAGAAGCGAAUGCAGAACUUUGCCAGCACCUUGGGCUUCAAUGCUCUCAACAUCUUCCUGAGCCACAAAUACAACAAGUUCUAUGACCGCCUUUGGGGCAAUGACAAGUCAAUGCCCACUUUUGAGCAGGCCAAGAGGAAUGUCUCCUUGGCGUUUUGCAAUGGCCAUGGCAUCAGCGAAGGUCCCAUCCGUCCGAAUGUGCCUGGAGUAAUCGAAAUUGGAGGCAUCCAGGUGAAGAGCAAGCCCGAUCCCCUGCCAGAGGACAUAAAGGAGUUUUUGGAGAAGGGCAAGCACGGAGCCAUUCUCUUCAGUUUGGGUUCCAACUUGAAGGGCGAACAUAUCCAGCCCGAAGUGGUGAAGACCAUAUUCAAGGGAUUGAGCAGUCUUAAGCAGCAGGUGAUCUGGAAGUGGGAGGAUCCCAAGAACACGCCCGGCAAGGCGGCUAAUAUACUCUACAAGAAGUGGCUGCCCCAGGACGAUAUCCUGGCCCAUCCCAAGCUCAAGCUGUUCAUCACACACGCGGGCAAGGGAGGAGUGGCUGAGGCACAGUAUCAUGGAGUGCCCAUGCUGGCGCUACCCGUGUUUGCCGAUCAGCCGGGUAAUGCCGAUAAGCUGGUGGCCAGUGGAUAUGGCCUGCAGCUGCCAUUGGCCACCCUGGAUGUGGACGAGUUCAAGGCAUCCAUUAAGGAGGUCAUCGAAAAUCCCAAGUACGCAAAGACAUUGAAGAGCUUCUCGCAGCUCUACCGCGAUCGUCCUUUGAGUCCUCACGAAUCGGUGGUCUACUGGACGGAGUACGUGAUCCGUCAUCAUGGUGCCGCUCACAUGCAGAGUCCCUUGGUUCACAUGAACUUCAUUGCCAGCAAUAAUGUGGACGUAUAUAUCAUCGCCGCCCUGGUGCUCUACAUCGUCUUCAUCAUCAACAAGAUCGUGUGGAAAUUUGUGUGGCGCAAGUUAUUUGGCAAAUCGAACAAAGUUUCUCAGGGGAAGAAGGUGAAGAAGCAGUAGGUUGUAAUUAUAGAAAUUUUAAAUAAUUUAUAUUUAAAAGAUUAAAAAAAAUGUAAAACCACAAAA